UAGAUACAUAUAUACAAGACUGCUACAAUGGAGGAGGGCGCACAGAUGCAGGUCGAUAAGCCGCAGGAACAGGCAGAUCACAAGAUGGAGGAAGCUGCACAGCUCGAAGAAAUCCCCGCUGCGGAGACACAUGCAGAUGCACCCGCUGCACAGACAGAAGCAGCUGAGGAUGCUGCACCCACGACUGCGAUUGAUGCGUCGCCUGCUGCGCCUGCUGAAGCGCAAACUAGUGAAGACGCUGUUGAGUCUACCGGGCCUGCUGAAGAUACCAAUGCAGAAACCAAGCCACCUGCAGAAGAGCCAGCGGCUACAGAGCCAGAGACAUCACUGCAACAGGCGAAAAAGGUGGAAGAUGAAGCGCAGGCAUUUCUCAUCGAACAAACCCAUCAAGUAAUUGUGCCGAGCUAUGCAGCCUGGUUCGAUAUGCUCACCAUCAACGACAUUGAGCGGAAAUCAGUACCGGAAUUCUUCAACGGCAGGAACCGAUCAAAGACACCGACCGUGUACAAGGACUACCGCGACUUUAUGAUCAACACCUACAGACUCAAUCCAUCCGAGUAUCUGACCGUCACCGCAUGCCGACGUAAUCUUGCAGGCGACGUCUGUGCCGUUAUGCGCGUCCACGCUUUCCUCGAACAAUGGGGACUCAUCAACUACCAAGUAGAGCCAGAAACGCGACCCUCCAAUAUUGGUCCACCUUUUACGGGACACUUCAAACUCACUGCUGAUACACCACGUGGCCUUCAACCGUUUGUGCCAGCACCCAACUCAACCAUUUCACAGGGCAAGCCCUUCAACAAGACGGCAGCGGCUAUGCGCAAAUCACCACAGCCAGAAACCAAUUUGGAAUUGCGCAGGAAUGUGUAUGAUAGCUCACUUGGCAGCAGUACCACCAAUGGCGCCGCUGGUCUGACCACCAGUGAUCGCAAACCUAUCGCUUGUACGACAUGUGGUGUUGAGUGCUCCGCUUUGCGUUAUCACAGUACGAAACAGACAAAUGUCAAUCUCUGUGCGAAUUGCUACACAGAGGCAAGGUUUCCAGCGACUUCGCAGUCUGGUGAUUUCGUCAGGCUAGGCGAUACGCACAUCAAGCGUGAAGAGGACACUUGGACAGAUGCAGAGACAUUGCUCUUGCUUGAAGGGCUCGAGAUGUAUGAUGAGGAUUGGUCACAAAUCGCCAGUCACGUUGGUACACGAACAAAAGAACAGUGUGUUUUGCGAUUCCUGCAAAUGCCAAUUGAAGAUCCUUACCUCGAGAGCGAUGUCGCUGCUGCUGGACCAUUGCAGUAUGCAAGGGCACCUUAUUCACAAGCUGAGAAUCCAGUCAUGAGUGUUGUGGCAUUUUUGGCGAGUGCCAUUCGACCUACUGUGGCUGCCGCUUCUGCUCAAUCAGCUAUCGAUCAACUCGUCAAGGAUUUGCAAGCAAAGACCAAAAAAGAGCAGGCGAAUGGAAGUACCAUGGAUGGUAACGCUGGUGACGCCAUGCAGGUGGAUGAAUCCAGCAACACGCUUGAACAAGAUAAACUUGAAAAAGCAGCCAGUGCAGCCUUGGGUGCAGCAGCGGCGAAAGCACACCUUCUUGCAUCGCAUGAAGAACGUGAACUCAAUGCACUCGUCUCUGCAGCUGUUGCAACACAAGUCCAACGACUGGAGCUCAAGUUGCAGCAAUUUGAGGAACUUGAAAGAUUGCUGGAAGCAGAACGACGGGAUGUUGAGCGUGCCAAGCAACAAAUCUAUCUCGAUCGUUUGGCAAUGAAGAGACAGGUGCUUGAAGCACAAGAGACGAUUCAGGCAGCACUCGCAAAGGCGGAUCAAGAGGCAUUGGAGAAGCUCAAGACGCUCGAAACCAUGAGCGGUGAGGGACAACCUUUGCGGCCCGUGGUGCAUGAGUCUGCAGAGACGGCGGCACGUAACGCAGUGGCACCAUCAGAAGCAAACCCUGAGCAAGUUUUGAUGCAACCGUAGAUACCUCCCACUUUGUAGAUAUUGAGUAUCAACAUUCCUUCAAA